AUGUCUGCCGACAAAGCCUCGUCCGAGCCCUCCAAGACAUACGACGGGAGCUGCCACUGCGGCAACAUCAACUUCUCGUUGACGUUGUCGCCGCCUUUGGAGGAGGGAUACAAGGUCCUCGAAUGUAACUGCUCCAUCUGCCGGCGCAGCGGAUACCUUCUCAUCUACCCCGAGAAGAAGGACGUCGUAUGGCACGACGGCUCCAGAGAGAGAUGCAGCAACUACCGCUUCAACACCAAGACCAAGGACCAAAUGUUCUGUGGGAAGUGCGGUUCGAGUCUGGGCAUCGACUUUCACAACGAGACAUACUACGGCCUUAGUGCGCGGGCUCUGAACGGCAUCGAUCUUGACAAGCUGACGUAUAAGAAGCUGGACGGCGUGAACAAGGUCUUCCCGGCGCAAGAUUUGUCCGGGGAGGAAUCAAAGCAGGCGAGCACCUAA